AUGUUUCUACACUCUGUUAAAAGCUGUAAGAGUCCUGGAACUGUGGUGAAGAGAAAUGUCGCUAGGGCUCUAAGUUCUGUUGUUUAUGAGCCUCCACGGUACGACGAGUUAAACGUUGAUUCUUGGCUGAAAAUGGACAAAGACACGAAAGAAGAGCUGAAGGAGUAUCUGAAUUGGAAAAUGGAGGAUAGGUGGUCAGAAAUGACACCAAAGGAGCAGAGAGCUAUUUACUUUAUAUCUUUUGGACGGUGGGGGCCUCGCGCCAAACCGGGCUCAAAAGCUGCCCAAAUGCAAUUGACUGGAGCAGAAAUAAUCCUAAGAGGAGUGUUUAGCGGGAUUCUAUUCGCAGCGUUGGCAGUCAGCGUGAUCAACUACCGGGAAGACCGAAAAGUGGCCGAGAACCUCAGGGUGUUAGGAGAGGAUACGACUGCACCAUAA